AUUUAAACUCGUUUAGUAAUUUCUCAUAUUUUUUCUUAACGAUUUUGGGACUUUGAAUCACCCGCCAGUUGCCACCCGAUGGAAAGCAGAACCACAACCCAAUUGGCAAAUUUCUUGCAAUUUUGUAUUGACAAGAAAUCCCAUAUAAAUGGGAAGCUCCUCCAUGCUCAUAUCCUCCGUACUAGGCUGUUUGACGAUACUUUUCUAUCAAACCGCUUAGUCGAGUUGUACCAUAAAUGUGGUCGCUUAAUUACCGCACGCCGGGUGUUUGAUAAAAUGCCACACAAGAACCUGUUUUCGUGGCACGCAUUGUUAAAUGCUUAUUGCAAGGUUGGUGAUAUAGACGAAGCACAUAAGCUGUUUGUUAAAAUGCCCGAGAGAAACUCGAUCUCCUGGAACACUUUGAUCAGUGCUUUAGUUCGUGAUGGGUCGGAGCAAAAAGCAUUGAAUUUGUAUUACGACAUGAACAGAGCGGGUUACUUGCCAACAAAUUUUACGUUAGCAAGUGUCUUGAGUGCAUGCGGGGCUUUGGUGGAUUUGAAAUGUGGUUGUGCAUGUCAUGGGUUUGCCACUAAGAUCGGCCUUGACAAGAAUAUAUUUGUUGGUAAUGCUUUGUUAGGUAUGUAUGCAAAGUGUGGGUCUAUCGGGAAUGCAAUGAAGGCUUUUGAGAACUUGCCUGAAGUUAACGAGGUUUCUUAUACGGCAAUGAUGGGGGCGUUAAGGGAGACUGAUCAUGUUGAGGAGGCUUUUCACAUGUUUCGAUCAAUGCAUAGAAUUGGGAUACAAGUUGAUGCUAUAUCGUUGUCUAGCAUCCUUGGUGUGUGCACUAGAAGUGGAAUUGAUGGCUCUACUGUGAAUGGCAAACAGUUUCACGGCCUCACAGUUAGACUUGGGUUCGAAAGAGAUUUACACUUGAGUAAUUCGUUGCUAGAUAUGUAUGCAAAAGAUGGAGAUAUGGAUAGUGCCGAAAUGGUAUUUAAUAAUUUGCCAGAAGUUACUGUUGUUUCCUGGAAUGUAAUGAUUGGUGGGUAUGGCCAGAAAUACCAAAUUAUGAAGGCAAUAGAAUGUAUGAAAAGGAUGCAAAGUUUUGGUUUAGAACCAGAUGAAGUGACCUACAUUAAUAUGUUUUCAGCAUGCCUUAAAUCAGGAGAUACUGAAACUGCACGUGAAAUAUUCAAUAGGAUGUCAUGCCCAAGCAUAAGUUCUUGGAAUGCUUUGCUUUCAGGCUAUUCCCAGAUUGGAAAGCAUAAGGAGGCUGUUUGGCUUUUCAGAGAUAUGCAAUUUUGUAAUGUCAAAGGUGAUCGAACUACGUUUGCUGUUACCUUUAGCUUAUGUGCUUCUCUGGGGCUCAUGAAGGGUGGGAGACAAGUUCAUGCCGUAUCAAUAAAGACUCUUGUUGAUGAUGAUAUCUAUGUUGCUAGUGGACUCAUUGUGAUGUACUCCAAGUGCAAUAAGAUAGAGGUGGCAAAAUUUAUAUUUGAUAGAAUAAGAGAACAAGAUAUAGUUUGUUGGAAUUCUAUGAUGGCAGGAUUAUCGCUCAAUAAUCUUGAUAACGAAGCCUUCAUGUUAUUCAAGAACAUGCUGGAAAACGAGAUGCUUCCUACUCAAUUCUCUUAUUCUACUGUACUUAGUUGUUGUGCCAAGUUAUCGUCUAUAUCUAAAGGGAGGCAGGUUCAUGCACAGGCUUCGAAAGACGGAACUGUAAACGAUGUCAUUGUUGGAAGUGCUCUAAUUGAUAUGUAUUCUAAAUGUGGGGAUGUAGAUGAAGCCAUAUUAUUUUUUGACACAAUGCCCACUAAGAACACCGUUACUUGGAAUGAGAUGAUUCAUGGGUAUGCACAAAAUGGACGUGGAGAUGAAGGUGUUUCUCUAUAUGAAGACAUGAUCAAUCAGUCAGGUGAGAAACCUGAUGCUAUAACAUUUGUUGCUGUUUUGACUGCCUGUAGUCAUUCAGGGUUAAUUGAUGAUGGUAUUAGGAUAUUUAACUCGAUGAUACAAGAAUAUGGAGUGGCACCACUUCCAGACCACUAUACUUGUAUAAUUGAUUCUUUAGGACGUGCUGGUCGGUUCCAUGAAGUGGAGGUUCUUUUAGAUAGGAUGCCAUAUGUAAAUGAUCCAAUUAUAUGGGAGGUUCUUCUUAGUUCUUGUAGAGUGCAUUCUAAUGUAAGCUUAGCAAGAAGAGCAGCAGAGGAGCUUUUUCGCUUGAAUCCACGUAAUUCUGCUCCUUAUGUGCUUCUAGCCAACAUGUAUUCUUCCCUGGGAAGAUGGGAUGAUGUAAGGAACAUCAGGGAGUUGAUGAUUGAAAAACAGGCAGUAAAAGAUCCUGGUUACAGCUGGUUUGAACAUAAAGAUGGCAUUCAGGAAUUUAACGAUGAUGAUAACCUUAGGAUGGUAGCUAAAUUUGAAGCAGAAACUGAUGAACCCUAUUGCUUAAGUGGGUUAUAAGGAAGAAAAAGACUUCAGGGGUUAAACAAGAUUGAGUUUACCGGUCAUCAUCCAUCAAGAUCAACAUCCCGUCAUCAAUGCAUGUUGAUGGAUGCAUGUCUAAUGGCUUCACAUGACAUAUGACAAAUUUAGUGUUGACCUUAUGUUGAAUCCCUCUUUUCCGGUAUGGUGGAAUCUUGUAUUUCAGUAUAUGAGUGUGAAGCGGAAAAAUCUGCCUACAUCUUACCCUUCCCAGACCCUACUCCACGUGGGAUUGACUGUGCUCGUUUAGGUUGGUUUGGUUUUCAGUGUGAAGGGAAAAACGUUCUACUACUGCUGGAGUUUUGAACCAUGAUAAAGGAGCAUGCUGUUUGGUCGGAAGGAACAAAUCAGUUAAUGGUGAACACUCAUGAAGGAGAGAAAGAGAACUGAUCCACUAUGUUUACUCGUAUCA